AUGAGUGAAAAAACUGAACAAAUUAAAAAAAUAAAAUGCUUAGAAAAAGCAUUAACAUUAUUAAAGUACAAAAAAGAAAUUGUUGGCUAUUCAUGUAAUAGAUCAUUGUCAAAAGAUUGUAAAGAAAAUAUUAUUUUGAGUAUUGAAUUUGAAAUACCUGAUAACUUAGUUGUUGAUUCUGAUAGUUCUUCAUCAUUUGGUAAUAGUUCAAAUUACUCAAAAGUAUCUGGUACCUUUAGAAAAAACGAUUCCAAUUGUAAUGUCUCAAUUUCUACCUCAGAAUCAUCUUUACCUUCUGAAUCAUUCAAUAAAAAUUGUUUAACAGAUAAUAGUGUAAACUACAAAGCUUUAAAUAAUACAACAACACAAACUAAAAUUAUAUUAGUUGAAAUUAAAAUUUACAUUAGAUCAUAUGUACAAAAUGAGAAGUAUGAUGGAAUUCUGAAAAGAAUUGAUGUUGAACUUAAUCCUUUAAAAGCUACUCCAAGGGAAAUAAUAAAAACACUCUUUCCUAAAAAAGAUCCUCUAAAAAUAAUUCAAGAUGGAGUCUAUUUUAUUAAAGAAGACUUUGAUGUUAAUAAAGAAUAUAAAAAAGCAUUAGAUUGGAUAAUUUGUUAUCCCUAUGAAUUGGAUAUGCCUCUUGUUACAAUAUAUGGAUCAACAAUAUUAAAAGAUUUCAAAAUGUCUUUUGUUAUUGAUGAUAUAACAAGAAUAUAG